UCUUAAAAUUCCAGAUUUGGUUCAAGUCCGAGCAAUACGCUAUUUGCAUACCCGUAUUAUAAUAUAUUAUUGUUAUUUAAUUAUUACUGCUCUAGUACUAUGCAUUACGCUACGCCACAUGCUUAUCGAGGGAUCUGACCGUCAAAAAGCUUAAAUCAUACAUUGUUUAUAUUAUGAUCAUUAUCAUGCCACCCAUGUACACUACUACACUAGUGCAGUCAGUUGAAAAUGUUAAUUUCUUAUCUUUGCACUUUGCAGUAUUAUUUGUGUCUUGUCAAAAAUCGUUGAGUUCAGAGGAUUAAAUAUUAGAGGAGACUAGAUACAUUCAAGUCUAAUGACUAAACACACUACGCGAUAAUUCAAAAACCCGACAAUACUGUGGAACGAUUGGUAGGUAAAUACAAUCACCGACAAUUAAAAUAUUAAAUGACAAGGGCAUGAUAAUAGUUAUUACCUAGUAAUUCUUAAUACAGUUAAUCCCACAGCUAUUUCCCUACUCGAACGUCAUUGGUACGUAAUUACUUAACUAAUCGUUAUUGUUGUUAAUUACGAGAAGAGUCAAUUAAAAUUGUCACAGUUGUCAGAUGUUAAUCAAACGUUUGUAUUCAAUUUUUAAAAAUACAUUUUCUGACAUGGACAAUCUUAUUGCUGUUUGUCAAAUUACAUCAACUGGCAAUAAAGAAAAAAACUUUCAAGCGUGCAAAGCACUGAUUACUAAUGCCCAAAAAUGUGGAGCUAAAAUGGUUUUCUUGCCAGAGUCCUUUGAUUACAUUGAAGAAGAUAAAGCUAAAUCAUUAGAGAUGGCAGAAUCUGUAGAUGGAUCUCUUAUCAAUAAUUAUAAAACAUUAGCUAAAACGUUGAAUAUUUGGUUGUCUUUAGGUGGAUUUCAUGAAAAGUUUUCAGAAACUAAAUUAAAGAACACGCAUUUGGUUAUCAACAAUAAAGGAGAAAUAGCUGAAACGUAUCAUAAAAUACAUUUAUAUGAUGUACAGAUACCUUCAAAAAACAUCCAAGCAUUUGAAUCAAAUUUAAUUAAAUCUGGUACUGAAAUCUCACCACCAGUUAAAACUCCAAUUGGGAAUGUUGGUUUAGCAAUUUGUUAUGAUAUGAGAUUUUCUCAGAUGGCUAUUGCAUUAGCUGAGAAUGGAGCAGAAAUUUUAACAUAUCCAUCAGCAUUUUUCUUUGGGACUGGUGCUUAUCAUUGGGAGAUAUUAUUGCGAGCCAGAGCCAUUGAAACUCAGUGUUAUGUAAUUGCUGCUGCACAAACCGGCAGUCAUAACUCAACUAGAAAAUCUUGGGGCCACUCACUGGUAGUUGAUCCACUAGGAACAGUAAUAGCACAAUGUUCUGAAGAACCUGGUUUUGUUUUGGCACCAAUUGAUUUAUCAUUAAUUAAAAGUAUUCGUCAGUCAAUGCCUCUGGAAUGUCAUAGACGAUAUGAUAUUUACCCAAAAAUGAUUCCAAGUACCUUAUGUAGGACUAAGUCUAUUGAGGAUUUUGAUGAAUUUAAAUUUGGUUCAUCUAUAGUUAAAGGUUUACAAGUAUUUUACAAAACACUUUUAUGCUUAGCAUUUACCAACAUUAAAUGUGUUUUACCAGGACAUGUUCUAGUGGCUCCUCUUAGAGCUGUGGAAAAAUUGACCGACUUAUCUACUAAUGAAGUUGGAGAUCUAUUCCUUACAGUUCAAAAGGUUCAAAAAACUAUUGAACAAGUACACAACACUGAUUCAUCAUCUAUUGUUAUUCAAGAUGGGCAACAUGCUGGACAAACUAUUAAACACGUUCAUGUUCAUAUUAUUCCAAGAAAGUCUGGAGAUUUUUUGGUGAAUGAUGAUGUAUACAGAAAAUUACAAAAUGAAAAAUACUGCGUUGAUCCAAAGAGAAGCGACGAUGAGAUGGCACAGGAAGCUAAAUUAUUAAGAUCAUUUUUUAAGUAACUUGAUUUUAAAAAUUAUUGUCAUUAGUUGUUUAAAUUAAAU